AUGGCAAAUCAAUUGUUUUUUCUCAGCUUGGCGGAUAUAUUCUCCGUCUAUCCGGCCAUAUUCAAGGAGCGCAGCAGGCAGCUUAAGAAAACCAAACAAAUCUACUUGCCCAGCGAUGAGGAGUGGAUGGACAAAAUGUAUUUCAUGCUGCUCGAAAUGCAGCGUCAGGUGAACGAAUCGCCCGACAUAAGCAUAACACUCAAGGACAUAGAUAAGCGUGAUAAGCCCAUGUUUGAUGCAGCACGCAAGACCAAGAUUAUAUCACCGAGCGUAAGUCCCAACGGUCGGCGUAGUCAUAUCUUGAAAUACUGUCACGCCACCACAGUAAGGAUUAGGCUGAAAAAAGGUCCUCGCUGGCAGUUGCCGACGAUAGCAAAUGCGGCCAAACUGCUGCGGAAACCACCCUUGAGUGUCAAUUUUCAAAAUGAGCACGAGAUGAGACUGGCCUACUCACUGAUCUAUGAUGUGUUUCGAUAUAAGACUGUUCUUUGUAAUGCUUUAACGGAUAUUUGUUUCUUUGAGCAGGAGGAACAUAAACAGUACGUUGAUGAUGAGCAGCGCAUUUGGUUAAUGCUCUUUGAGCUCUACGAUCGUGACUUUAAGAGUCGCAACUCAGAGUUUCAGCAGCAGCAAGCAGAGCUCUAUCAGCAAGCUGAAGUCAUAGAACACGCCGCUGUGCUUUGGAAACAUCGCGUGCGUCUUUCUGCGUCCAUUUCACGCAUGCGCAUCUGCGUGGGUGCACUGCGUCUGUCACAGCUGCUGCCUAUACAUCUGCAGAAUGAAAAGGUUGCCAUUGCCGCAGCUAAUCCUGUUGUGACUGGCUGGAUUAAUCCAUUUCUAGUGCGCAAUAAAGCUGAAGCGGAUCGUUUGUUAAUGGAUAUGGGCUUUACUAUACAUGGUCCGGAUGAUGAAAAGCCGCUGCUGGAGCAGCACUGUAAGUGGGACAAUAUUUGUCCUUUGGUUAUAUCCUGCAUACCCAAGAAUCGCAGCGAGUUUACCAAGUCUGUUUUAAUGACCAAGCAUUACUUUAUAAUGCAGGACAAAAACUUUUCCUAUGGCCCAGCUAUUAUGUCUAAGCUUAUGGACUAUUUUGAGCUUUAUGGUGACAUACUGCAAACUCAUGUAGACUCGCCACGCUCGACCGCCUACUUGGCAGCGCUCUUCUACUCCGUGAAUCGCGUCAACAACUUUUAUGUCUAUGGCGCCGGCACCAAUCUUAAAGACUAUCGUCGCUAUAUGGAAACUAUAGGUGUGAAUAACAUACGUCUCUUUGGCGAUGCUUUUACAUCCUUUCCCAUGGAAUCCAAUCGCUUUCGCACUGUUGUGGGCAUUUUUGCCACGCCUCCCAACUCCUUUAGCGCCAUUUCCGAUCCCAUUGACUUGAUUUGCUCGCGUGGUGGCGAUUUGAGCAUGCUGGAGGUGCUUACCGAGUCGGAGGUAAGUGAUGAGGGCAAAUCGCGCGUGGGCUGCAUACUGGAGGAGCAGCUGCUGACGCUGACCAUGUCCAUGUCACGGCCACAAGUGCAGUUUGUGUUGUAUCAAACGCAUUCCAUAGUGCAGACUGAGAAUGAGGAUAUGGUGGAGCAUGUGCUGCAGGUAAUCAACAAGCUGGCGCUGGAGAAGCACAAGCAAGCCUAUAGAGAAAUGAAGCGCUUGGAGGCGCUAGCAGAGGCGGAGGCAGCUAAUAUACCUGCUGCUGCCAUGAGCAAGGAUUCGCCGCGUAAGAAGGAGAAGCUCUCCGCGGAGGAUAAGCGCAAAUCUCAGCCAGAGCUAAGCGCCAAGCAGGAGUCUGUGCUGGAGAAGGAAAAGCUGCCCAAGGUGGACAGCAUAGAUCUUAUAACCACACCCGAUAUAGAUGAGUUUGUGUCGGAUGUAGUGCCGGAUAUAUGCAUCAAUCAGGACAACUGCAUCAAAGGACUUAGCACUGGCAGCUUUUUGUCGCUGGUGCGUCGUAAGUGUUUAACGCAUUUGAAUGAGAAAUAUCUCAUACGCAUGGCCGAGCGUCGUGGACUCUUUGGCAAGCCGGCCAGCGACAAGGCCAAGUCGAAGGCAGUGAAGCUGCAGGAGAUCAGCGAGCCAGCGCCCCCAGAACCGGAUAACGAAAUACGCAUCAGUGGUGUACAGCAGGCGCACGCUCGUUUGCAACACCAGCGACCGACCCAAGCCAGCGCGAUACGCUCGCACCUGACCAAGCUGUCGGCUACGCAACGUCAGCCCAUUGCCUUCAACUUCAGGCAGCGCGAGUGCCAGCGCUUUUACAUGCUGCCCAUCUAUAUGCAUAGCGCCAAGCACAGCAGUCGCCUCUGGUGGCAGUAUGCCUAUAAAUGUGUCACGCGCUUGGGGCGUAACGCCAUCUGGCAUCCCAGUCUCAAAUUCCAGCUGCACUGUAAGCGACAGCUGCGCAUACGCAAACUACGACAACGCGCCUGGUCCAACAGGCAGCCACUACGCCUGCACAUUAUGGACAUUGAGCUCAUUUGCCAGCUGCGUCGCUACAGCAAGUAAACAAUGCCAAAAUCAAAUUCCAGUCUGCUG